AUGAUGAACUCCAGCCACUCUCACGGUCCUUCUGCAUGGGAGAAUGAUAUAAAUCAAAUAAGAGGUAGAACCAUACGACAUGAAUCAUCUGUAACGUUUGACGAAGAUACGUUUGGAACUUUUGGACGUAAGAGAGUCAAUAACGGUCUACGUACCAGAUUUGGCGAGGUUGCGUUUGGGAGAUUAGUAGGAGUCAAGGAUCGUACCAUCGUCAAUCAACAUCAACUGAUAUUCUUCAGAUCCAUGUCGUCACUUCCUAAAUUCCAUUCUGAACCUACCAACAUUCGACGCCGUCUUUCUCUUUCACCCAUUCUUACUUCACUCACUCCAAGGAGUCUACUCGGUCGUCGACGCUCAACACCUCCUGUACCCCAACUUGAAACGGCCCCUCCCGUCUUGACCAAGAUCACAGCCAACGCUCAACCCGCCUCGCACCCAGUACCCGCCGGGAUGUCAACUCAAUCCCCAAUUCCUCACUCGACUGAUACAGAGAUCAAAGAUGACACUCUCAAUGUCGACAGCAAUGAUAGAGACGACCAAUCCAUUUCUUCCACCGACACUAGCGAAGUCGAUACCAUAACAGACGACGCAUGUUCUCCUCUUCCAUCACUCACCGCCACACCGAAUUCUUCUUUUAUCCGUCGUAUCGAUCGAUCAUCUAGUACACCAUGUGAACUUUCCAUCCUUCGUGAGACAGAAGAACAAUCUUUUCAACCUCUUCUCUCUUCUUCUUCCGUCCAUUCCACUUGCUCCCCCAAUUCCCCCGACGGUGGGAUCUGGCUUUGUUCUCGACCUUCUCCUCUCGCGCAAAAAGAAAAAGGUCCAUCAUCAUGUAAGAAAAACUUACCUAUGGUAGUUCGUUCUUACUCUACCGCUCGACUCGCUCAAGCUUUCGAUGAUCAAGGUAGAGUUAUUUGUUUAUCGACACACUCCGAUAAAGUUGUUCAUUUUUCCAACGUUUGGGAUCCAUGUUCAGCCAAAAAACCAGAUUUGACGAGGAUCAUGAGUGAACAAAACUUUGACAGAAAGCAGACCGGUGUGAGGGUCGUUCCAAAGAGAGCUAUGACGACUUCGGUUUUAGGCUCGAUGGAUACGGCUCAGAAAGAUACGAUGGAGAAUGAGGAGAAGGGGCAGAAGAAGGAAGGGGAGAAAGGAUAUAUGAUGAUACCUAUAGUUCGUAGACCGGGAUUGGAGAGACGACAAAGUGAUGGAGUGACGGAAACUAUGAAUCCAUUCGGAUCAUGGAAGAAGAGGUCGGUAAAGGCUUGGAAUGAGUAUGUCAAGGUUUAG